AUGAGGGUGGAGAGCCCUAGGGAGGGGCAGAGGCUGCCUCAAGGACAAGACCUCGUCGUCAAGUUCUCCCUCAGCGCUCGGGAGGGCUCCUGCAGGGUCACUGUCCUGGUCAACUCCAAGGCUGUGGGAAGUUUGUGGGCGUGCUCGGGAUCGGUGCUCGUCAGCGAGCACGAGCUGCAGCUGGGGAGGAACAAGGUGGAGGUUAUGGACCAGGAGGAAAAGGAUCCGGACGAGUCUGUGGAGUUUGAUGUAGUCCCAGUGGUUCCCUGGAGGGAACGAAGCACGUGUAAGCCGCAUGAGGACGACUGCCUCCAUGCGGUGAACGGGACAUGCGUGAUAACCAGAGACGCGGAGAUGGGGAGGAUGGGGAGGAUCCCGAGGAUAUUCCACUGGGUCUGGGUAGGAUAUCACAGAUGGGGGGGUAGGCGAGAGGUUCCAGAUAAGUUUCAUGCUUACAUGGAUACUUGGAAGCAGCUACAUCCACAAUGGCAGUUUGUGGUCUGGACAGAUGAUAUGAUCACUUGGCCACUUCACAACCAGGCCCUCGUUAACCAAGCAGAUACAUUUGCAGGUUUGCCAAGACUUUUAACAUGCCUUUUGACGUCCAUGGGAUUGAUUAUGAACUUUCUAUUCACAGAGUUGUCAGAUAUUGUAAGACUCGAAGUGGUUGAAAGGUUUGGUGGCAUAUACAUCGAUACGGAUUUCGAGGCACUCAAACCUAUAGACGACCUGAUAGCUUCUCUAUCUUUCUUCGUUGGUGCAGAAAAGGACAUGGAAAUCGAGGUCUGGGGGAACGGUGUGGGUGAUAUCUGGGUCUGCCCGUCCCUGUUCGGCGCAACCGCAAACAACGACGUGAUACGAACCUUGAUAGACGGCCUACCUGCCCAGGUUGCUGAGAACCUUGGCCAAGAUCCCAAUCACAAGACGGGUCCGUACUUUUGGACCAACACUUAUGCGUGA